UGCCGCGGUUUGUGUCAUGUGACUAAAUAUAUCCCCAGAGGAAAUCUAAGACGCCACCAUGACAAAGCAGUUUCUCUUGAAGUGGCUUUGGUUCCUGGCCCUGCAGAACCAGACAAUGGCCCUCAAAGGCCAAGGAAGGAGAAGAGCGGAAAAAGGAAAACCAGGCAGCAUGAAGACCUCUGGAGCUGCCCUCGUCUUCCUCCUUCUUGUGGCUAUUCCAUGCAGCAUGAAGAUCUCUGGAGCUGCCGUCACUUUCCUCCUUCUCCUGGCUACUCCACCCCUUACAGGUCGGCGGACCCCCGCUCCCGGCUGCUGCCUAAGCAACUCUAAAGUUCCAAUCCCAAAGAGUGAAGUCGAGGAUUAUGCCCUCAGCCGGCCUUACUGCCUGCGUUCUGUGGAGUUUCAUCUCAAGCAUGGUAAAUUCAGGUGUGCUGACCCGGAUCAGCCGUGGGUCCAUGAACUCAUGGAAUACAUAGACAGCCUUGAAGAUAACUGCAUCUGAAACUGGCACCAAUUGCAGAGCCCUUCCUAGGAGAAGCUACCCUGAACCUCAGCAACACCAUGGCUGCUUUGCUGGACUAACUUUCUCCCUCUCUCUCUUUCUCCCUCUCUCCCCCCCUCCCCAAAGUUUUGGCCCCUUCACACCGAACAGAGUCGUAGGCCCUGUCAGCACUAUGCAUUUAAAUCAGGAUCAUACCACUUUAAACCAUACCCUCCAAUGUUCCUCAGAUGAAAAUAGGGACAUUUCUCGCUCUGAAGUUGACACGUGUCCCUUUCUUACCUUGGUACAAUAGACAUCAUGAUGCACAACUGUCCUGUCUUUACCGGGACAUUCCAGAAUUGCAGAAACUGCCCCAGCUUCUGAUUCCAUCCUGGGAUGUCCCAGGAUUUCAGGCAAGGGGGACCAAAAGACAUGUGUGUUUUGGUUCCGCACCUUUGCUUGCUGGUCAGUUGCUGCCCACCACAGGCAAAUGAGGAGGGCCACAGCUUCCUGAAGAACAGUGCUGCUUCUGGAAGGAAGGCACUGUGGCCCUCCUUGUGCAUGUGGGGGGGCAAGUAGCCCCCACCAGCACACGAGUGAGCAGCGAUGAAUGGUGGCACACAUUGGCGGGGGCACACACACAUGAGCUGGUAAGGUGGCAGCCAAGCGAGUGGCGGCAGGAGGGUGGGCGGAGUGUCCCAAUUUCUUCUUGGGAACUGUUGGAGCUUAUGUUUGGGGGUUUCUGUUUGUGCAAACAACCAUCUACUACCCUACCAGAAACUUUGAAAAACCACCUUGUUGAUUUCCAGACUGUGGCUCCGAAACGGAUCCAGUUCCCUAUCUCAUUGUACGUGAUAAUUUACAUCUUUAAGUACUUUCCCCCCCCUUGCAAAUGCUUUGACCUCCGCAUUGAACAAAGUGAACUUGAGAAAACCCAAGUCCAGCCUCCUAUAUCGCUGCUUAGACCACCUUCCCCUUCUCUGCUCUGAGCAUGUCAGCAAAUCAGUUCUCC